CGAAGCGCGUUUGCCAGUCAAAUUAUUAUAUUAAAUUAUAUAUAAUAUUUACAGUAAAAAAAGUGUUCAAAACCCUCGGAAUUUCCGUUUAGUUUUGUGAUAACUAACUAGCUUACAAAACCGGCGCGAUGGUAGCUACAAAAUCACACGUAGAAGAAUUACAGGAGUAUUUCAAAACGCACAAUAAAACUCGCGAAGCGACGAAGGCUCACACCGCUAAAGUUCACUCGGUUGGUUGGAACUGUGACGGACGCCGGUUGGCGUCCGGCUCGUUCGACAAAUCCGUGGUCAUAUUCACCUUGGACCGGGAACGAUUGAAUAAGGAGAGUACGUAUCGAGGACACACCGGCUCAGUGGACCAGCUGUGCUGGCAUGCUUCCCUUCCGGAUCUGUUGAGCACGGCUAGCGGUGAUAAAACGGUACGCAUAUGGGAUGCUAGAAUUGGCAAAUGUGAACGGAUCAUCAACACAAAAGGUGAGAAUAUCAAUAUAACUUGGUCACCGGAUGGGAACACUAUUGCGGUCGGGAACAAGGAGGACCUGGUGACGUUCAUCGACGCUCGGAUGUACAAAAUCUUGGCCGAGGAGCAGUUUUCUUUCGAGGUGAACGAGAUCGCUUGGAGUAAUGGUAGCGAUUUGUUUUUCCUUACCAACGGACAAGGGUGUGUCCAUAUAUUGAACUACCCGGAUCUGAACCUGCAACAGGUGCUGAAGGCCCAUCCAAGCACUUGCAUAUGUAUUGAAUUUGACCCGACAGGGAAGUACUUUGCGACGGGAUCAGCUGAUGCUCUAGUUUCCCUGUGGGACGCCGAAGAGCUUGCCUGCUUGCGGGUGUUCUCCCGAUUGGAUUGGCCGGUGAGAACCAUUUCUUUCAGUCACGACGGCAGAUUGCUUGCGUCUGCAAGUGAGGAUCUUAUCAUUGAUAUCGGAGAUACCGAGACAGGAGAAAAAGUUGCGGACAUUUCGGUUGACGCCGCUACGUUCACGGUUGCAUGGCAUCCCAAGCAGUACAUGUUGGCCUAUGCGUGUGACGAUAAAGACGCCAAUGAUCGUCGAAGGGACGCCGGAAGUUUGAAAGUCUGGGGUUUCACUGAGUAGUAGAUUUUGUAUUAUCUAGAAUAAGUAUCUAAUAACAUAAACGGGGUUUGAGCUAAGCCCAAGUCUCUUCCUGA